GAUUCAGGCGCCAUCCGAAGUUGCCAGAUUUUGUUUAAGCCACGUUUAAGAUUUCAACCUUAUUUAAAUUCUUUUGAAUACUUUAGCGAGUGGAACCAUCAAAACGAUAAGUAUGUUGUUCUCAAUGGAUUGAAGAGUUUGGUGCUAAUUAAUACAGAGAUAUUACAUUGAAUGAAUCGAACGCGGAGGCGUGCUUUUUGUGCUCCUCGAAAGAAGGCUCUUAAUAGGCCUGGCAACCCUGCUUUACGUUACUUUCAGCUACAUCAACCAGGCCUUCGUGUCUCCUCUUCCCGGCUUGUGUUUUCUCCGAAUUAAAAAGAUAUGUCUGAUGAGGGGUAUGUUGUGCGAAUCAGGGGUCUCCCUUGGUCUUGCUCAGUGGAUGAAGUACAGAGAUUUUUCUCAGAUUGUAAAAUACUUGGCAAUGGUGGUAACACUGGCAUCCACUUCACCUCUACAAGAGAGGGUCGUCCCAGCGGAGAGGCCUUUGUUGAGCUGGAAGCAGAAGAAGACCUCAAGCAAGCCUUGAAGAAGGACAGGGAAACUAUGGGACACAGAUAUGUGGAGGUGUUUAAAUCAAACAAUGUGGAAAUGGACUGGGUCAUGAAGCACACAGGUCCAAACUGUCCCGAGACAGCUGGAGAUGGGCUCGUGCGACUACGAGGCCUCCCCUUUGGCUGCAGCAAAGAGGAAAUUGUCCAGUUUUUCUCAGGGUUGGAAAUCGUGCCAAAUGGGAUAACAUUGCCGGUGGACAUCCAGGGGAGGAGUACGGGGGAGGCCUUCGUGCAGUUUGCUUCACAGGAUAUAGCUGAAAAGGCUCUAAAGAAACACAAGGAAAGAAUAGGGCACAGGUACAUUGAGAUCUUCAAGAGUAGCCGCGCCGAAGUGCGAACCCAUUACGAGCCCCAGCGGAAGCCUAUGGGCAUGCAGAGGCCGAGCCCUUACGACCGGCCCUCCGGCGGGCGCGGCGGCUACAACAUGAUGAACCGAGGGGGCUCGUACGACCGAAUGCGGCGCGGAGGCUACGGAGGAGGUGUGUCGAGCGGACGAAGAAGUGAAAUCCGAUUCGGCGUGUCGGACGGCCGGUACAACGACGGCGUGGGCUCGUCUUUCCAGAGCACAACGGGUCACUGCGUCCAUAUGAGGGGCCUUCCGUACAGAGCCACUGAAUCAGACAUUUACAUUUUCUUCUCUCCGUUAAACCCAGUGCGGGUUCAUAUUGAGGUCGGACCGGAUGGCCGGGUAACCGGGGAAGCAGAUGUGGAGUUUGCCACACACGAGGACGCUGUGGCUGCCAUGUCCAAGGACAAGGCUAACAUGCAGCACCGCUACGUCGAGCUGUUUUUAAACUCAACAGCAGGGGGCAGUAACGGUGGCUACAGCAGCCAGAUGAUGGGGGGGAAUCAGUCGUCUUACAGUAGCAACCAGAUGAGCUCCGGCUAUUCUAGUGGAUACAGCAGCCAAGGAAACAUGGGUGGCUACAGUGAUUAUAUUAGGUAACCAGGGCGGAAUGGGAAGCAGUUACUAUGGUGGUGGUGGCAGCAGCAGAAGCUCCAUGAAUGGACUUGGUGGGGGAUGGGGAAUGUAGACCCCUCCCCGACACCAUUUUUUUUUUUUUAUUGUACUAUUUUUGUUCUGUCAGGUUUUUGUUUUAACUCAGUUUUUUUGCAAGAACCGAUAACGUCCUGGCGGUGAACAUGGUUCUGGUCAAGUGAGGUGUUGAACGUAUUGAGAGGUGAGGGUUUGUAAUUUUUUUAAGGGUGCAUGGUCCUGAGAUAGAAGAUUGUCUGCUAUCACACUUGUCAUCCGUUUCUCUAUUUGUCAGUUCUAAGGACAAGGCAACUCAAUUUUCUGUACCACCAUUUCUCAUUUUCCGCACAUUUCAUAGGACAGAGUGCAUGAACAAAUCUGUUUCAGACAUUGUUUCAGCGUUUACAACGAUGCUUAAUUUACAGUGUAAAUGAAAAUGCUGCGUUGACAUUUGCAGCGUGUUUCAGAUGACCGGUUCAAAGGCACUUUUUCUUGAUUGGAACCAUCGGGAGCAACUUAAUGUGGUCACAAACUAAGUUGCUGAGUUGGCAUUUUAUGUCUUUUGCCUCUAAUGCUGUUUGUACUUUCUGUGAGUAAAGUGAAUAAACUAGUUGGAAUCUGAUGGAAACACUGCAAAUUUU